GCAAUGGCCGCCCCUUCUCUCAAUCCAGAAUUGGCAGUUCCAGGGAGUUGGGUUUGCUGGUUACUUUGGAGGUGAAGCACGGGACCGGCCGGACUAUUGAUAUUCUCCCUUUUCUGCUGCAAUCUUCCAAGUCUCACCUUUCCAAGUGCACUAUGAGCUUAGCCCUCAUACAGGGCUACUCUUCUGCGGAGGAAGAAGAAGAGCCGUUUCAAGACCUCAACUCCUCAGAUGAAGAAGAAGAUAAAGUCAGCCGGAGUCGUUACAGCGACGAUAAUGGUUUGUUUGAUCUUCCGAAAAAAUCAGGCGACUCUUUGCUUCCAUCAGCUUUCGAAGCAUUCUCCGAAGUUGCAGGACCACCGGAGUUCCUCAACAAUUCCGUUGCCGAUUAUGUUUCCACGGAGGACAUCAACCCCAGAGGUAAACAUGGUGGCCGUGCGGCAUUUGGCAGAGAGAAGAAAGAUCUGCCUGCUGGUGCUGUAAUGGAGUCUAAAGCUCAGUUGGUAGGAAUUCGUGAGCGAGUAAGAAGUGAUGUUGAAGGAAACUUGCCUCCUGCAUCAUCAGCUCAGCCUCACAAAGGUUCUGUAAGCACAACCCUUGGGGAAGGCAAGCGUGUAAUGACUGCAACCAAUCCUGAUAUGAAGGAUGCUUCAGAUCUUCUUAGGAUGUGCUUGCAAUGUGGGAUACCAAAGACCUACUCUAAUACACGAGGAAUAGUUUGCCCUGUAUGUGGUGAUCGCCCUCCUGUAGACCCGAAUCAAGUGCCUGAAAAGAAGAAAGGGUCCACCGUUAAAGACAAGGAGAAGAGCAAGAGAAUGAAGGGUCAAUCUACUCACUCAGCUUGGAAGAGUGAAACUGAGAUGCAGCUUCGGCAGCAGUUCGAUUAGAAGGCAUGUACACCGGAGAGAGAAAGAUGUGUAAAAUGUCUUAUGACAGAGAGUUAGAUUCCUAAAAUCACAUGAUUUUGGAGAGGAAAACCUGCAAUAGAUGGUCUAAAGUGCACUCUAUUUAUACA